AUGAAUGACAAUACACUUUCCAUUCCUAAUAACCAACCCGAAAGCAACAUGGACACAAGACACGAUUUGGAGACAAGUCGAAAAGAUGGUGCAGAAGAGUGGAGAGCAACAAUUUACAAUAAGUUUCACCUGCCGCACAGUAUGGGACGUUCUGUGUUACCUAUAUACGAUAAACUUUCGGCAAAUAAGCGAGGAAAAGCGAGUGAAAAUUUGGAAAGUUCUGAAGAUAUUUCUAUAUCAACAUUUGAAUCAAAUCAAUCAUAA